AAGAUGUCUGACGAUAUUGAUAUAGAGGAGCACGAUAUCUUGGAGAACCCUCACAUCCAGGACAUACUGCCGCAGAUUGUGAAGGUCAAGUCUGAACCUGUGGACUUGGAUGAUGAAGAUUUUGAACAAUAUGACGACUCGUAUGACUAUAACAUUGGUGAAGAUGAUAGUCCCCCAUCUGAAGACACCACAGAGCAGAUAUAUCACAGAAGCAACAGGAUUAUAUUAGGAUCAAAACCAGCGGUAAGCAAAUUACAUUCCGAAGUCAGGGUACUGUUAGAAGACUGGAACGACAGACUGGAGAGUAGUAUAUGUUACUGCAGACAAUGCUGCAGACUGUUUGCCACUCGCAACGGAAUCGACGCUCAUAACAUGACCUACCAUUCAUUUCUAGUCCCUAUAGAUAAGGAAACAAAUACUGCAAGAAAAUCCACAACUCAUAUUACAAUAGGUAAUGUUAAAGUUAACUCAAAUACAGCCAGGAAAAGUACAGGAUUCAACUCAGUAUUUUCAAUGAAUGUAGCCCGGAAGAGCACACAGCCAAUUUUUAAUGCAGCUAGAAAGACUACAGCAAGAAAAAGCACAGUUAACCUAAAACGCAAAGCAAAUACAGCUAGGAAAAGUACAGGUGCAACAUUGGCGACUACAGCGCAGGAUAUCGUUAAAAAUAUUAACAAACAAAAUAUAAAAAAUGCUAAAUAUUGCAAUCACUGCAAUAAACAUUUCUCAGACAAUACAGAACUGAUAAAACAUUUGUAUGAACUAAUAAUAUCGAAACCUAAUCCGGUUGAUACAAAAAAUAUACAAAAAGAAGACCAACCAUCGUCAUCAUCAGAAACGUCCGGCACUCUCGGGCAUUACUAUAGGUGUUCUAUAUGCUCAUGUUAUUAUAGAAGUCUAACUACAUAUAAUUCACAUGUAAGAGCCAAUCAUAAUGGUGUUUCAUUAACGAAUAAGGUUAGUGAAGUACCUUAUGUACCAGUAUGUUGGUUGUGUAACCAAACAUUCAAACGGUUCGAAGGUUACAAUUCUCAUGUGCAACAUAUUCAUCCCGAUGUUUAUAGGAAAUAUGCUGAUAACGUCACCGCUAAAAUCUUAUGUUCAAUUUGUAAAGGUACUUUUGAAAAUUAUUCAGAAGCGAAACGGCACAUAGCGGAUGUGCAUCCAGAGUGUACUAGUAAGCAUAUAUUUAAGAUGUUCAAAGUUAAAAGUAAUGUGAAAACACUUGAUGAUGAUAAGGAAGCGUCUGUUAGUCAUGUAAGCAGUAAUGGAAGCGGUAAAUUCAAAUUCCCAAUCCCCAAAUCUGUUCUUUUCAAGUGUAACAAAUGUGACACACAUUUUUUAACCUGUGCGUCCUCUGUAGGACACGCCAGUUGGUGUCGCUUAAACUCAACAUUUAAGGUAUCCCCUGUCCCAUGCGACAAAUGCAAGCGAUUAUUCAAACCCAUCGAUAUUGAUGCGCAUUAUAAGCAGCAUUCCGUUAAUGAUAAGUUCAAAGUUUAUUUAAUUCACGACCAUAUGCAUUCUAGAGUCGCUUACCAAUGUCUCAAUUGCUCUAUGUACUUCGAUGAAAAGAAAUUCAUAUGCCACUUGCAGAAUGGCUGCAAAAAAUCCAAACCGGUACGGUGUACGAUUUGCAACAUUAAUUUUCAUUCAAAUUGUAUUAAAUAUCAUAAAAAGAUUCACCACAUUAGGAAAUUUAUACGCGAUGACUUUAUCCUAAUUGAUUUUAUUGAUGAUCGGAAGAUUUUGAAGAGGAAGUUAGAAUGGGGUGAGGAGAAUUCACAGAAAGUUGCUAAAAGGGACACGAAUGAUCCUUAUGUUCUGCUAUAUUGUGAUACAUGUAAAUGUUACUUUAGGAUAUCAACGACUCAUAGAAAUAGACAGUUGCAUUUGGACGGCGAAUGCAGAACUAGCAUAACACAUCAGUGUACGCACUGUGCCCUAACUUUUAGAACUUUUACUUCCUUGAAGUUGCAUACAGAAAACCAUAAAGAAUCGAUUGGUGAAUUGAGCAAUUACACAUUUCUUAGACUCAUUGACGAAGAGCCAAUAGUGCCUCCUCAACCAGAGUUCCCUUAUUGUAAAACUUGUAAAGUUUACAUUUUAAAACAACGUGAUCACAUAUGUAGACAGGAAAAUGUAAGGAAAUGUAACAUGUGUUAUAAAAGAUUCUCAGAAACAACUUACAAUCUUCAUUUACCGUACCACAAAUAUAAGGUGAGAGUUAAGGAAGAGAUGGAUGAGAUGCCUAAACUUAUGGAGAAAUAUGAAUCAUUAACCACUACGUGGAAUAUUUUAUACACGUGCGAAUCCUGCGAUACAACUACUGAUUCGUACGACAAAGUGAUUGAACACUGUCAGAAUCAUUUUAGCCAUUUGGAGCAUUACGGCGUGACAAUAAGGAAUUGCAAGGUGUGCGAUUUUAACUUCGACGAACCAUGUUAUUUGAAGCAUCUUGAAUUACAUAAUGCUCAUCACACCAUAACUCGCGAUUCGUUCAGGAUCUUGACGUUUUGUUACUAUAAAUUGUUUUCUAAAGACUGGAUGGAGCUGUUUCGAAGCUUGUCGACAAUGCAGAUCAGGCAAAUCCAAUCUAAAAGUAUACACGUGGCCAUUGACGUUAAAAUGAGGCUGUUAGCAGAUGGUUUUUCCGAAUUAACAAUAUAUAAAUGUAAGAAAUGCAACGUCUUCGUUGAUCCGGAUAUAGUAUCCGAUCAUGUACAUACCAAAUCUUGCGGCAAUUCCAAUCAGUAUGAAUGUUCUAUAUGCUAUAUACCGUUCACAACGUUUUUGGGGCAAAAGAAGCAUGAAAAAUUACAUGAAAUUUACGGUGAAGAGAAGUCGUUCAGAGUGGUUGGUUUUAAUGAAAUUCAGGAUGAAAAAAUCAAUGAAACUUUGAGAAUGCAUAAAAAUGAAUCGGAAGGGAAUGUUAAAAAGAAACCUGUAGAUUAUAAAGGGAAAGAGAAAGUACCAAAGGUAUCAGAUGACUUUAAAACUAAGAAGAAGUAUAUGGUUUACAAAUGCGUUAAGUGUAUGGUAGCAUUGUUUAAAAAGAAACUAACACAGCAUGUCUGUGUGGAAAAUGUCAAAAAAUGUAAUAAAUGUAAACAGUACAUCCCAUCUAAACGAUAUUCAAAACAUCUAAGAUAUCACGAGUUAGUACCAAAAUUCACUAAUGCUAAUUUAGUAAUAGCACUGUUUGAUCCUGAUAAAGAUUACGCAAUAGUUCGCCAACCUAACAUAAAAGCGAUAGCACCAGAUCGCGAAGAUAAUGCGCCAGCGACUAAUUCAUAUAAAGUUUUUGAAGUGUAUCAAUGUCGUUGUGGCCUACACUUCAGUUCGGAAAUCAGCUUGGGUAUUCACAUAGAUGUGUGCUCUACGAAGAGUGUUAUAUCUAAAGAAAAUUGCAGCAAAUGUGGGCUGUUGUUCCCUACUCAGUCGUUAGUCAGCCAUCUUUGCAGUCACCACAGCAAAGGUGAGAGCACUAUUGUAGUUAAGAAAUUCCUAACAUUUUACAGGUGUGGUUUAUGUAAAUUAUUAUUCAUCCACAUGUCAACACUCACCAAGCACAUGAAGACUUGUAAUUCGUCGGCAACGCCAAUAAAAUGCUCUCCAUGUAAUUUGAAUUUCCAUAGUCAAGUCAUUACUGCGCACAGAGCAAAACAUCGUAGAGUAAAGAAUCUAGAGAAGAGACCUUUUGAAAUUAUAACUAUCGAUAGAAGUGGUAAUGUAAUCGAUCGAUUCGUGAACGAGACUCGCAAAACCAAUGCAGAUAACAAGAACCUUAAAACAUUGUACAGGUGUAGUCGCUGCGAUGUUCAUUAUUUGACAUUAAAAUCUUUGAGAUACCAUAUGGACAUAAAACACAUUAUGCAAGGCAUUAGCACCUGCGGUAUCUGUCAUUUGAAAUUCAGUAGACGAUCGCUACCAAACCAUAUGAGAACACAUCACACUCUACUUAGAUGUAGACAAAAAGACUUCAAUAUUAUUAACGCAUCAAGUAUGUCAGAUUAUCAGUCUUUAAGAAAGGAACUGCUUGAAAACGAGAGGAAUGAUCUAUUUCAAUCAAGCGAUUCAAAUGCAGCUGUUGAAAUGCAACAACCUGCUCCUAAUUUAAACAGGAAAUAUACAUAUGUGCCUCCAUCGCAUUUAGAUAUUAGCCAAUACAAUGAGAAUCUUUAUAAAUGUUCCGUCUGUUCACUGUGCUUUUUGAUACCAGGUUCAUUAGUGAAACAUCAGUAUAAAAAUGCACACGCAGAAUCGCAAUACCAAUGCACGAUUUGCGGACAUUACUUUACAGCACAAUCGUUGUCUCGCCAUCAAUACAUACAUCAUACAAAAUUAAAAAUCAAGGAAUUCAAUGUCAUUGUCGAUGGUGAUGGUGGAAAUGCAAAACCAAAGACCAAACCUAAGAAACUUAAUUCUGAAACAUCGGACACUGAGUGUAAUGAUACAUUGGAAAGUGAAUCUGUUGAGACAGAUAGUAGUUUAUACGUUUCUAAAACAAAAGUAAAUAAUAAAGACGAAAUAUCAAUUGAUAAUUCGUUAUUGGAAUUAGACUUGAGCCAAUAUAGUGAUAAUCUAUAUCAGUGUACAAUCUGUUCUCUAUGCUUUUUAAGGCCCACUACAUUAACACGACAUCAUUAUACAUCUGAACAUAGACAAACAAAGAGACGAUGCUUGCAGUGCGGCUACUGCUUCACAAAACAAUCAUUGUUAAGACACGAAUACGUGCAUCAUCAAAAAAUGUGCGUUAAACAAUUCAACAUUGUAACGCAAGUAGAGGGAGUUAAAUUAAAUAUGAAGAUUGCGAAAUCUAAAGAUACAUCAACAGCUUCAGACAUGUCUAUAGAUUACAAGGACUCAGUAGAGAGCGAGUCGAAUGUUUCAAUUCUGACGCAGAACUCGUCCGACCAAAAUGUAAUAGAUAAUCCGACGAAGCGUCUUCGGACAUGUUUCUCGUUAUCAGAAGCUGUACUUUCGAAGCUAGAUGUUUCAAGAUACAGUGAAAAGCUGUACAAGUGUCACCUAUGUCCAUUACACUUCCUUAAUGAGAAAGCGUGUGACAGUCACCUGAGGACGUCUGAUCACAAACAAAUAGUUAUUAAUUGUGGCACUUGUGGCUUAGAAUUCACUCAGUUUAGUCUUCCCCGACAUCAGUAUAUUCACCAUGAAAAGCUAAAUUUCAAACGGGAUGAUUUUAUUAUUAUAGUUACAGAUUUAAAUCCGCCAACGGUAGAGAGUGAAACUAAAGAGGUAGCUAUUGCACCAAGCGAUAUAAAACAAGAAAAUAUAACCGACGAAGAUGAUAAAGAAACCGUAGUGUCACAGAGUAAUACAGUAGAAACUGUAGAGCAAGAUGACAGUGUAGUUUCUAAUAAAACAGCGGAAGAAACGCCUAGAAAAUAUAAAAUAGAAUUAUUCAAAUGCGGAGAUUGUAAUGUAUUCUUCUUAACACGGAAGUACUGCUGCCAACACACAUACAAUCAUAAACCGCUACUGGCUAAAGACUACAUUGAGUGUAAACUGUGUGGAUUUCAAUUUAAAACGGUCUCUCUGUUUUCACAUAUGAAGAAACACCAUAAUUCUGACUUUAAUUUAGAGGAUAUACUAAUAGAGGAAUAUCGGCAAGAUCCGAAUCUUGGGAUACCCCGAAAAGAAACUUAUUACGCUGACGAUAGGGAUCAAUCUAGAUUAGUUAGCACUACCGCUGACAUUAAUGAAGUAACUGAAAGUAAGAGCACAGACUUAGCAAAUACAAACCAUAAUGUUCAUACAGAGACAAAAAGUGAUAAUAGUCACGAUGAUAAUGCGGUAGUAGAAGAAGUUUCAAAUACUGAAUUCACAGAUGUAAAUAUUAGCACAGAUAAUACUAAUGCUAAUACAAAUGCGGUAAGAGACGAAAAUUCGAAAACAAAAUCUAUCGAUCCAAAUGCUGACAAAACUAGUGAACAUAUAGAAGAUAAAUCCAACAAUAUUGAAAAAGAUAAAUUAAACAAUGAUGAAGAGGAAAAUAAUGUAGUCUCUGAACCAAAUCUUAUUAAUGAAACAGAACAUAUAUGUGUCCCAGAACCAAACCUUGUUAAUGAAACAGAACAUAUGUGUGUCCCAGAACCAAACCUUAUUAACGACACAGAACAUAUGUGUGUCCCAGAACCAAACCUUAUUAACGAAACAGAACAUAUAUGUGUCCCAGAACCAAACCUUGUUAAUGAAACAGAACAUAUAUGUGUCCCAAAACCAAACUUUGUUAAUGAAACAGAACAUAUGUGUGUCCCAGAACCAAACCUUAUUAACGACACAGAACAUAUGUGUGUCCCAGAACCAUACCGUAUUAACGAAACAGAAGAAAAAUGUGUCCCAGAAUCAAACCUUAUUAACGAAACAGAACAUAUAUGUGUCCCAAAACCAAACUUUGUUAAUGAAACAGAACAUAUGUGUGUCCCAGAACCAAACCUUAUUAACGAAACAGAACAUAUGUGUGUCCCAGAACCAACUCCUAAUGAAACAGAAACUUUAAGCAAUGCUAAUGAACCAAUCGACAGCAAAGAAGAAACAGAUGAUAAAAUAUCCGAUAAUAGAACAGAAUACGCUACAAAUUGCGAGAAUGUUGUAAUCAAAACUGAAGCGGCUAUCAGAUGUAAUUUUUGUACGGAGACAUUCAAAAACCAACGCACCAAAGAGUUCCACGAGAGUCUAGAGCACUUGGACGAGCCGCAGAACUGUCGCAUAUGCUCAAAAAGUUUUAAUAUAUCAAUUCUGAAGGAACUACACUUGUCUAUAAAAGACAAUAUAUUUACAUGUUGUAUUUGCAAUAAAAAAAUAAACGUAAAUGAAAUUAAUGAACAUAGUGUGGAACAUAGAAAUUUCGAUGAAAAUACUUGACUAUGUAAUCCAUUUUGUCUAUAGCAAAG